AUGCGGCCUGGACCCCUGCUCACUAGUGGGGAGAGCUGUACUCUGUUUUUUACUGCAGCCAAGCCCAGGGGUUCACUUCUCCCUUUUGCUUGGGUCCUGCUGUGGAUGCUCCAGCUCAUAGGCUCUGCCGUGGAAAGGGAAUACAAGGUAGAGCUGGGGCAGGAUGCCCACCUGUCCUGUGAAUACUCUCCUCCCGAGCCACCCACGCCCCUGGUGCCUGUAUGCUGGGGCAGGGGCACUUGUCCCCUGAGCAACUGCCAAAGGCUGCUGCUGAGAACCAAUGGCAGAAGCGUGCAGCAGAGAGUCCACAGAAGGUACCAGCUAAAGGGUCAGCUCUGCCAAGGAGAUGUGUCUCUGACCAUCCAGGGCACGUGGCUCAACGACAGUGGCACCUACUGUUGCCACAUCCAGUUCCCAGGACCCAUAAAUGACAAGGUCAUCCUGAAGCUGACCGUCACGCCAGCUGAGGUCGUCCCUGCCAUGACGAUGAGUAGUCACUUCACAGACACUUUUCCGAGUCGCUCUGACAUUUACAGACAGAUCCACGGGCUUCUGAAGGCUGAGGAUGAGGUGGUGCAACUACAAAAGGGUGGGGAGUAUGCCAUCUACAAGGAUGCCCCUAUGUUCGAGAGCGACUUUAUCCAAGUCAGCAAGAAGGGGAAAUGA